AUGGCGCCGAUUCCGAAGACAGUGGGGCGGAUAAAGCUAGACUGUCCUCUGAGGCCUGGCUGCCCGCUGGGGGUCGCUGCUGUCCCCAAACUCUGCCAGGAAUUCGGUCCUGAGGACUACGGCACCGAGGACAUAGUGGAUUUUCUCCGACGGCUUGUGGAGAGUGAUCCCCGGGGCCUGCACCGGAUCCACAUGGACGGGAGCAGCGGGCGGCUACAGCUGUGGCACCAUGAUUACCUCCUGGAACAUUUCUGUGAUGAGGGGAAAACGCCUGGACAGAGUGACAUGGCCAAGGGGGUCAAGGGACUGGGCACCUACUGUGGUCUCCGAAAGUCCUUCCUAUAUCCUCCCCAAGGGUCAGAGCCCUGCCCUCCUAGCCCCCCCGCCUCUGCCUCUGCCUCUGGUGGUUCAGACAGCCUACUUCAGGUGGCCAUGCCCCAGAAGCUCCUGCUGACCGAAGAGGAAGCCAACCAGCUGGCUGAGGAGCUGGUGGCUGAAGAGGAGCGCAUGAAACAGAAAGCAGAGAAGAAACGACUCAAGAAGAAGCGUCAAAAGGAUCGCAAGCGACAGGAGCGCUUGGAGCAGGAGGGUGGGGAGCCCAAGGUGAGUGCCACCCCAAAUGGGGAUGGGAGCCCCCCAUCCAGCCCCGGAAACUCUCCUCAGGGACAGUGUGGUGAGGAAGAGGACUCACUGGAUCUAUCUAGCACUUUUGUGUCUCUGGCUUUGCGCAAGGUUGGGGAUUGGCCUCCCAGUGCCCGCAGAGAGAAGGGACUGAGCCAGGAGCCUCGAGGCAAAAGCCAGAGCCCCCAAGAGAAGACGGGCCAGGAGGAAGCGAGCUCUCCAAUAGAAGAGAGCCCCAGGCAGAGUCCUAAGGCAGAGGCAUCUCCGGGACUGCUGGAAGCUGCCUUACACCAGAGCCAGGAGCUGGCAACGUUGGGUACCAGCUUUGCCCAAAAUGGUUUCUACCACAAGGCUGUGGUUCUCUUCACCCAGGCCUUGAAGCUCAACCCCCGGGAUCAUCGGUUAUUUGGAAACCGCUCUUUCUGCCAUGAGCGGCUGGGUCAGCCCAUGUGGGCCCUGGCCGAUGCCCAGGUGGCCCUGACACUGCGACCUGGCUGGCCCCGGGGCCUUUUCCGCCUGGGCAAGGCCCUGAUGGGACUGCAGCGUUUUGAGGAGGCAGCUGCUGUGUUCCAGGAGACCCUGAGAGGUGGCUCCCAGCCUGAUGCAGCCCGGGAGCUCCACUUUUGCCUUCUGCACCUCACUCUGCAAGAUCAGAGAGGAGGAAUCCGGGAGCCACAUCUGUCAACUGGGUUCCCUCAGCCAUUUUCCCAAUCUGGGCCAGGCCCCUCAAGCCUCCUGUCUGUCAGUCGCCCUCCAAGCACUGCUCCAAGAGCCGCUGGCCUUCUGUCUCCACCCCUGCAUCAUCCCCCUUGUCUCCUGAGCCACUCCAACUCACCCCUCCCCCAGACUCAGAGCAGAAGACCCCACCCUCUCCAUCUCCUGGGCACCUCAAACGGCCCUGGUGUCCUGGGACUUCGGCCCCAGCAUCUACCUCAGGCCAGAUGAUGGAAGACCUGUCCCUCACAGGACAAGGCCAUGUGUGCAUCCCCCACUUCCUUGCAUAUCUUGAGACUUUGUAGUCUAAAGCCAUAAUUGAAGAAACCCCUGGUGGCCAUUCCUCUUGCCACAGAGACCUGAUGACAGAAAGGAGCUCCAUGUCCACUUUGAUUCUGAAGCAGAUGGCUUCUUCUGGGGGCAGUAAAGAAAAAUAAAAUCCACCAAGG